AGUCAGUCUCUCUCCGGUCCGAAGAGACACGGAGGAAAAAAAACGGGCGAGAAACCGGACAGACUGAAGAGCGCCAACCGCCUGUCUGUCUGCCUGUCUGUCUGCCCGUGUGUCUGCCUGCCUGCCUGUCUCCCGUGUGAGUGUGUGAGAGCCACAGACAGGAGGCCACAGAAGAGGAGGAAGAAGUCGGGAGUUGCCUCUACUUUUCCCUCUCGCUCCGGAGGGUCUCGCUGUGAAAAUGGAGCGGACCAGAACUUUCCUGAUCUCUGCGUCCCUCGCGCUGGUUUCACUGGGACUAACGGGCGCGUGGGCGGACACCUUCAAAGCCUGUCUGUCUGGUCAGGCCCCAGACUGCGCUCUGGUCCAGUCCAAAGAGGACGACUUUGACUGGGAGCAAGGAGACACCAGAGAGAGACCGGCCAGCAACCCCUGGAUCCCUGCAGGUUCCUCCUUCCUGUUUGUGAACAUGUCGGGUCGGUACGGAGGUCAGCGCGCUCGCCUGCUGCUGCCCCCCCUCAAAGAGAAUGACACGCACUGCGUCAGCUUCCUGUUUUACCAGGCGGGGGGACGUGAGGGCGCCCCCCCUGCCAGCCUCAACGUCUACAUUAAAGAGAACAACAGUCCUCUCGGGGUUCCUGUGUUCAACUCAUCAGGCCCUACCGACCACAUCUGGAAAGGGGUGGAGCUGGCAGUGUCCACCUUCUGGCCCAAUUAUUACCAGGUGGUGUUCGAGGCGGUCAGCACUGGUCGGAAAGGGGUUCUGGCCAUCAAGGACAUCGUGCUGCAGGGACACCAGUGCAUGAGCACCCCACACUUCCUGCACAUUAAAGGCGUGGAGGUAAACGCCGGACAGACGGCAGCGUUUCAGUGCACUGUUAACGGGAGCCCUCAGAGCAACCUGCUGCUCCACCUCCAGGGGAUGGAUGGUCGCCAGGCGGUUGUCAGGGAAACCAAAUUGAUGAACUCUCGGCGUUACACGGCAACCUUUGACGUGGAGAACACAACCAAAGGCGACUCUGGACGCUAUCGCUGCAUCGCCCAUUCAGAACGAGGCAUUGCCGUAUCCUCCUACGCUGACCUCACAGUCAAACAGCCCCCAGUACCGAUCGCCCCUCCCCAGCUGACGGCGGUGGGUGCUACCUAUCUGUGGAUCCAACUUAACGCCAACUCUAUCAAUGGAGACGGGCCGAUCAUUGAGAGAGAGGUGGAGUACCGGACACUGUCGGGCAUGUUGAUCGACACCACGCCCGUCGAUAAGCCCACACACAAGAUUGGACACCUGGACCCCGACACGCAGUACGAGAUAAGCGUGCUGCUUACCAGGCCUCUGGAGGGAGGCACCGGAUAUCCUGGACCAACCCUCCGAGCAAGGACCAAGUGUGCAGAUCCGAUGCAGGGCCCGCGGCGUCUGGAGGUCGUGGACAUUCAGUCCAAACAGCUGACGCUCCGAUGGGAACCGUUCGGUUACAACGUGACCCGCUGCCACAGCUACAACCUGACGGUGCAGUACCACUACCGACCAGCAGGGACCGCUAGCAGCGAGUCAGUGAAGGAGGAGGUGGUGUACGACACCGUGAGCUCCGUCCCACAGCACAUCGUACGGAGCAUCCCGCCCUUUACCAACAUCAGCCUGAGACUCGUCCUCAGCAACCCAGAGGGACGCAAGGAGAGCGAGGAGCUGCUGGUGCUUACGGACGAGGACGUGCCUGGAGCCGUCCCGGUGGACUCCGUCCUCGGCAGCAGCUACGAGCAGCAGAUCAGUCUCAGCUGGAGAGAACCACUGCAGACCUUCGGCCUCAUCCGGCAGUACGAGGUCUCCUACAAAGCCUUGAGCUCCUUCGACACAGAGUUCGACUUGUCCAAUCAGAGUGGGAAGGUAUUCAAACCGGCCAAUGAUACGAGCCACGUGUUCAGUGGGCUCUACCCGGGCUCCACUUACUCCUUCACAAUAAGAGCUUCCACCGUCAAAGGCUUCGGGUCUCCGGUCAUCACCCAGUUCACCACCAAGAUCUCAGCUCCUCUGAUGCCAGCCUAUGAUAACGAGUCUCCUAUGAAUCAAACCGACUCCUCCGUGACAAUUCUACUGAAACCGGCUCAGAGCAGAGGAGCUCCAGUCAGUAAGUACCAGGUGGUGGUGGAGGAGGAGCGCCCCCGCAGGCAGCGCAGAGGAACUGCGGAGAUCCUGCGCUGCUAUCCGGUUCCGAUCCACUUCCAGAACGCAACGCUUCUCAACUCGCAGUAUUACUUUAGUGCAGAAUUGCUGAGGAGCGAGCUGAGGACCGCCAUGAGCUUCAGUGUGGGUGAUAACAGGACCUACAGCGGUUACUGGAAUGCUCCUUUACUGCCUCAUAAGAGUUAUGGGAUCUACUACCAGGCCGUCAGCACUGCUAAUGGGGAGACAAAGAUUGACUGUGUGCGAGUGGCCACCAAAGCUGCCAUUAUCGUCACCCAGCUCACAACGCCGUACAUUCGCAUCGCCCCAGCCGCCGGAGACAAGCAGCUCCCAGGAGCAGCCACCAGGAGGCCGGAGCCGGAGCAGGAGAAGCAGUCCGACCACACGGUGAAGAUUGCCGGGGCCAUCGCCGGCCUCCUCCUCUUCAUCAUCAUCUUCCUCGGGGUUGUCCUGCUGAUGAAGAAACGACGGAGAAAUUAUCACUCCUACACUUACUAUCUGAAGUUGGCAAAGAAGAGGAAGGAAACGCUGAGUUCCAGACAGGAAAUGACUCUGAUGGUCAACAACUCCCAACACAUAGUGAUGGUGGACACACACACACACACACUUAACGGACGCACUGUAUCUUCUCCGUCUUCCUUCGCCCUUAAGACAAACACCAUCAGCACCACCGUCCCCAACUCCUACUACCCAGAUCCCUUCGUACCGACGGCCAUUCUAGUGCCCAUUAAUGACGACAGUCACACUAUGACCAGUGAAACCAGCAGCCUGGUCCAGUCCCACUACAAGCAGCGGGAGACGGAGCGGGAGGCGCUGCCCUACCAGACGGGGCAGCUGCACCCGGCCAUCCGAGUAGCCGACUUACUGCAGCACAUCACCCAGAUGAAAUGCGCUGAAGGUUACGGCUUCAAGGAGGAGUAUGAGCUUAACGAGAGCUUCUUUGAGGGACAGUCGGCUCCUUGGGACUCAGCCAAAAAGGAUGAAAACCGCAUGAAGAAUCGCUAUGGAAACAUCAUCGCCUACGAUCACUCUCGUGUGCGUCUGCAGCCUCAGGACGGAGACGGCGGCUCUGACUACAUCAAUGCCAACUACGUGGACGGCUACCACAGACCAAACCACUACGUCGCUACUCAAGGUCCCAUGCAGGAGACUGCGUAUGAUUUCUGGCGGAUGGUUUGGCAAGAGAACACCGCUGCCAUCGUCAUGGUAACCAACCUGGUGGAGGUGGGGCGGGUAAAGUGCUGUAAGUACUGGCCAGACGACACUGAGAUCUACGGAGACAUGAAAGUGACGCUGAUCGAGACUCAGCUGCUCUCAGAGUACGUGAUCCGGACCUUCGCUGUGGAGAAGAGGGGUGUGGCAGAGAUCAGAGAGAUCCGUCAGUUCCACUUCACCGGUUGGCCUGAUCACGGCGUUCCCCUUCACGCCACCGGCCUGCUGGGCUUCAUCCGCCGCAUCAAAGCCAAAAACCCCACAACCGCCGGCCCCACCGUGGUGCACUGCAGCGCGGGGGCCGGACGUACAGGUUGCUUCAUCGUGGUCGACAUCAUGCUGGACAUGGCGGAGCGAGAAGGAGUCGUCGACAUUUACAACUGUGUCCGAGAGCUGAGAGCGCGAAGGGUCAACAUGGUCCAAACUGAGGAGCAGUACGUCUUCAUCCAUGAUGCCAUCUUGGAGGCGUGUCUCUGUGGUGACACAGCUAUUCCGGCCAAUCAGCUGCGGUCAGUUUACUAUGAGAUGAACCGAUUGGAUCCUCAGACUAACUCCAGUCAGAUCAAAGAGGAGUUUAGGACGCUGAACAUGGUGACUCCCACGCUGCGGGUAGAGGACUGCAGCAUCGCUCUGCUUCCUCGGAACCACGAGAAGAACCGCUGCAUGGACGUGUUGCCUCCGGACCGCUGCCUGCCGUUCCUCAUCACCAUCGACGGAGAGAGCUCCAACUACAUCAACGCAGCUCUGAUGGACAGCUACAAGCAGCCAUCAGCGUUCAUCGUUACCCAGCAUCCUUUGCCAAACACAGUGAAGGACUUCUGGCGUCUGGUCCUCGACUACCACUGUACGUCCAUCGUCAUGCUGAACGACGUCGACCCGGCACAGUUGUGCCCCCAGUACUGGCCUGAGAAUGGCCUCCACAGGCUCGGCUCCCUGCAGGUGGAGUUUGUCUCUGCAGACCUGGAGGAGGAUGUCAUCAGUCGCAUCUUCAGGAUCUACAACACGGCCAGGCCACAGGACGGGUACCGCAUGGUGCAGCAGUUCCAGUUCCUGGGCUGGCCGAUGUACCGCGACACGCCGGUAUCCAAGCGCUCCUUCCUGAAGCUGGUCCACCAGGUGGAGAAGUGGCAGGAGGACUAUGACGGGGGGGAAGGCCGCACAGUGGUGCACUGCCUGUAAGAGUACUGCAAUGCUACUAUU